CUGACGGCCGCCAGCUUCCUGCAGAUGCAGCACAUCAUCGACAAGUGCACGCAGAUCCUCGAGGGGAUUCACUUCAAAAUCAACGUGGCCGAGGUGGAAGCAGAACUGAGCCAGACCAGGACGAAGCACCAGGAGAGACCCCCCGAGUCUCACCGGGUGACGCCGAACCUCACGCACUCGCUGAGCCCGCGCCACAAUGCCCCCAAGGGGAGUCGGCUGGGCCAGGUGAGCACCGUGCUGGACAUCCGGGAGCUCAGCCCGCCCGAGGAGUCCACCAGCCCCCAGAUCAUCGAGCAGAGCUCGGACGCGGAGGGCAGGGAGCCCAUCCUGCGCAUCAACAGGGCGGGACAGUGGUACGUGGAGACGGGGCUGGGCGAGCGCGGGGAGCCUUACGCCUUGGGCUCCUCCGGGGCCAAGGGGGUCAGGCCGACCAGCAGCGAGAUCGACAGAUUUAGCCCUUCUGGCAGCAUGGUUGCUGUGACUGAGCGGUACAGAUCAAAAAGCGAGUCUCCCGGGCGGAUGGAUGAGCCCAAGCAGCCCAGUUCCCAGGGGGAGGAGUCAGCCAUGCUGGGAGUGAGUGGGUACGUGGAGUAUCUGCGGGAGCAGGAGGUGUCCGAGCGCUGGUUCCGCUACAACCCACGGCUCACCUGCAUCUACUGCGCCAAAUCCUUCAACCAGAAGGGCAGCCUGGACAGGCACAUGAGGCUCCACAUGGGCAUCACACCUUUCGUGUGCCGCAUGUGCGGGAAGAAGUACACGCGCAAGGAUCAGCUGGAGUACCACAUCCGCAAGCACACGGGCAACAAGCCCUUCCACUGCCACGUCUGCGGCAAGAGCUUCCCUUUCCAGGCCAUCCUCAACCAGCACUUUCGCAAGAACCACCCCGGCUGUUUGCCCCUGGAGGGGCCCCACAGCAUCUCCCCCGAGACCACGGUCACGUCGCGGGGGCAGGCGGAGGAGGAGUCUCCUCCCCAGGAGGAGGCCGUGGCCGUGGGGGAGACGGCGCAGGGCUCCGUGUCCACCACCGGGCCCGACUGA